UUCCUGGGAAGCUGAAGGUUUGGUGUUACCACUUCACACUUUUCCACCGAGUAAUGUGGCCGCUGAAAGUAGCCGAAAUUCCAUCUUCUCAGGCCAGUAAGAUGGACAGCAUCGCCAACGGUUAUAUCAGGAAGUGGCUGGGCCUCCCCCGCUGUUUCUCGGACACAGGUCUUUUUGGCAAGAACAUUCUGCAACUUCCUCUGAAGUCAAUCAAUCUGGGUUACAGGCAGGAGAAGACCCGCCUUGUACUGGAGUUGAGGGAAUCAAGAGACGAAGCUGUGAAGAGUGCAGCGGUGAUUGUCCGCACUGGACGAAAGUGGAAGGCCCAGGUGGAAGUGGACCAAGCUGUCUCGAGGCUGAAAUACAAGGAGAUUCUGGGAAGAGUCCAAGACAGCCGGGCAGGACUGGGAUGGGGGAAACCAGUCCAGUUCUGGUCCAAAGCCACGAGACAGCAGAGGAAGGCCAUGGUGGUGGAAGAGGUCACACAAGUGGCGCAAGACCAGUAUUGGAUCAAGGCCGUAUCCCAGGGAAAACAGGGGGCAUGGACUCGCUGGGAGGACACCAUUCAAAGAGUCAUAACCUGGGCCGACAUCUGGCGAACUCCUCAAUCUCGGCUCAGCUUCCUCGUGAGGGCAGCGUAUGACACCCUGCCAUGCCCUCGAAACCUCGCCCAGUGGUUCGGAAGCGAGGGUAAGUGCUCCCUGUGCAGCAAAGACAAUGCAGGACUUAAACACAUCCUUUCAGGUUGCAACGUCGCGCUAACGCAGGGGCGCUUCCGGUGGCGACACAAUCAGGUGCUGAGGAAGUUGGCAGAGCUGUUGGAGAGAUGCAGAGUCGGGGCAAACAACGCCACAGAUCCCCAUCGGCCAAACAUCACUUUCAUCAAACCAGGAGAGGUAGGACAGAAGACAGAGGCGGGAAGAUCAUCACUUCUGCUUACCCCUGCUGCUAAGAAAGUCCUCAUCAUUGAACUAACCGUGCCAUGGGAGGAGGGAAUACCAGUAGCACAUGAGUUCAAACGGUCAAAGUACAGCGACCUGGCAGAGGACUGCAAGGGGGGAGGCUGGUCUGCGUCCAUUCACCCCGUGGAGAUCGGAUGCAGGGGCUUCGUAGGAGGUUCUGCGACCCGGCUCCUGCGUGCGGCGGGAAUGACCGGUUCCAACCUGAGGAGGGCCAUCAAGGAGUUGGCAGAGGAGGCAGAAAAGGCAAGUUUCUGGAUGUGGCUAAGAAGGAGGGACAACACUUGGGGCUCAACACCCCAUUGAGGUCAGUUGCAGGGAGUGGCGCGGGGAGACGUCCCCGCUUAGCCACUGCCCCCCCACCGCGAGGUGUCCUGGCUUGGGGGCGAAACAUCAGUGAACGGUGGCACCAGCUGACGACCCUGCAGCUGACCUCCAAGUGCACUGGAGGAGGUGCGACAGGCAGAGAUGCCAAGCAGUUAGGUCUGUACUUAUUAAUUGACACUUCUGGGGAACCAGCGACUACUGUGAAAGAGCAGUUGGCAGCCAGGAAAGUCUGGUGGGC